UCAAAUUCACACCCAUUACUCAUUUCCCGGUCGGGUGAUAAUGGAUCACCAAAAAGAUUUUGGUAGACUUCAAUAAAUAGGUACAAAGAUUAACAAUAGUAAUGGUUUUGGCCUUGCUAUAACAUUGUGUGUACAUAAGUUUAUAGGUUAUUUAUUCAGCUGGGGUACACGUAUUCUACAUUAUGUUACUUAACGGUGUGCAAUACACCUUAGAUAUUACUGCAGUGCAGACUAACGUAAUAUUUUACCAAAAUGUGGCUAAAAUCAGUGUACGUGGUGUUCUUACUUUUCUAUCAUGUACAAUCUGCAAGUAUUCUAGCAUUGUUUUCUUCCUUAUCAUUUACUGAUCAUUUUGUGUACCGAGGAUACAUUUCAUUACUUGCACAGAAAGGACAUUCUGUGGUAGUAAUGACUCCGUACCCAGGCCACUUCCAGUACCCAGAAGUCGAGAAGAUAGUUGAAUUAAACGUUGGACCGGAAUCAGCGCCAUUGUGGGAAGAAUUUAAAAUGUUAAUGACUAACACCGAUGAUUAUUAUCCACGUUUGAAAGCUUUAAAUGAGCUAUCGAUAAAGGUAGCGAUAGCACAACUCAUGUCUAAACAGAUGACCUCUCUAUUUAUGAAUCCCAAUGUGAAGUUCGAUUUGGUAAUCACAGAAGCGGAUAUGCCAAUAUUGUACGCUGUAGCAGACAAAUAUAAUGCACCGCAUAUAUCAAUCACAUCCAGCAGUGGAAAACUUCAUCAAUACGAAGCUAAAGGCAACCCGAUACAUCCGAUAUUGUAUCCUGAUGUUAACACGAUUCAUCAUAGAAACAUCACUAGCUGGCAAAAACUGGUCGAAGUGAAUCGUCAAUAUCAUUCGAAAUAUGAAUAUUAUAAUUACUUCCUACCGUUAUGUGAAGUUGCUGCUAAGAAAAUUCUUGGAUUGGAAAGGAGUCUUCUAGGAGUGGAACACGACAUUGAUCUCCUGUUCGUAGCUGCGAAUCCUGUAUUGAUAGGAAACAGACCAACUGCGCCAGCAACUAUUUAUACAGAUCUAUUACAUAUUAGACCAGGAUUACCAUUACCACUGGAUCUAAAAGCAGUUCUGGAUUCUGCCAAAAAUGGAUUUAUAUACUUCAGUUUAGGAACAUUGCACGAAUCAGAACAAUUAGAGCGUAAAAUCCUAGAAGUUCUAGCGGAUACCUUUAGAGAGCUCCCGUAUUUGGUGCUGUGGAAACUGGGGAAUUCGACUAUCAUAAACAAACCUGAUAAUGUGAUUGCACAAAUGUGGUUCCCUCAACAAGAAGUAUUGGCGCAUCCAAAUAUAAAAGCUUUUAUAACACACGGUGGACUACGUUCUUUAGAAGAGGCGGUAUUUUACGAAGUUCCUAUUGUUGGUUUUCCGAUAGUCAAAUCUUCAAAAGUAUUUAUAAAUGAAGUAACUCGACAUGGCACUGGGGAAAUAGUAGAUCCAUAUUAUUUAGAAAAGGAAGCACUCAAGGCAACGAUUACGGCCGUUGCUCAGAAUGAUAAGUACAAAGAAGCUUUGGCAGAUUUGAAGAGCGCGGCAUUUGAUUCAUUUUUAUCAGGCCCGGAAGCUGCUGUUAUGUGGACAGAAUACGUGUUACGCAAUGGAGGCGCUCGGUUACUACGAGCUCCCGCGGCAGAGAUAUCCUUCUUCAAAUAUUAUAUGCUAGAUAUAAUUAGUCUUUUCCUAACUAUUAUUUGUAUAGGAAUAUGGUUAGCGUACAAAAGUCUUUGUUUUAUUAUGAGACGUCUGCGCUUGCGAAUUCUUCGAAAACCUAUUGUGGAAGGAAAAUAUAAAGCGCUAUAAUUUGAUUAUU